UCCUGAUAUUGGCGACACAGUAAUCAUCCGGCUUGUUGCUCUGCUAACACCUAACGCCGUGAGCCGACCCUUCUGAUGUCCUCUCAAGACUCACGAUCGCCCCACGGUCCAAUUGACCCCUCAUUGGCUCUUUAUCCGCCGUAUUACUCUUCAUCCUACCAACAACAACAAUCACACCAAUCACCCCGUUUAUCUUUGCCUAAUUACUCGUCGCCAUCAUCCGGAGGGUCUGAUACAAUUGGAACACCUCCAACAGAACCAUCUGGAUCAUCGGCUAAAAAGAACGGAAAACGACCUGCCUCGUCUGGCGGCGCAGAAUCACGAAAGAAGCAGAAGAGAGAUGGACCUGUUGAGAGCCCUCAGAGCCCUGCGACUGAAAAGGAAGAGAAGCCGAAGCCAACGAGAGGCUCAAGAGCGUGCACGGUCUGUCGUCGUCUCAAAAUGAAAUGCAUCGGGGCUGAAGAAGGACCACCUUGUAAACGCUGUCAAACGGGUGGUCACGAGUGCAUCUUUGAAGAGUCCAACCGUGGUAAACGAUCAUCCAAAAAACAUGAAAUCCUUACACGCUCACUUCGAAAGAUGGAGAGGACCCUUGAUACCGUUCUUCGCUCCAUCGGAAAUCCGAGUAUCGCCUCGGGUAUGAUUUCGCGUUCUCCCUCGCCUCCAAAUAACCAGGCGACCAACACCAAUGCGCUGCUUGGCCGCACACCUUCACCACCAGUAUCCCAUGCGCAAUCUGCCAAUCUUCCCAGUUCCCACAAAUCUGCUCAUCAUGUUGGCACCUCCCCAAAGCUUCAUUCUCUUCCCGACAAUGCUUUAAACCCAUUAGGUCUUUUAGCUGAAGCUAGCUUAGCAAAUAGACGAGCGCAACAAGGCGUUAACUCGCUCGGAUUUACCGCACGAUCCGAACAAGUCCAAAACCUUGGUGUCGCCAGUAGUAAUUAUUUUAAACCCGGACCUAUGACGAUAUUGCCUUUGAGACGGCUUUAUAUCGAGAGACAAAUACAACCAGAGAUGCUCAAUUUCGUUUCUACAAGUGAGGUUGUGGAUAUGUUUAACAUAUAUUACGACCACAUGAAUAUGCAUGUGAAUAUCCUCGAUAGGGCCUUCCAUACACCAUCGUUAAUAUGUUCCAGAAGUCCGUUCUUGUUGACAACUAUUUGCGCGAUAUCCUCCAAGUUUUACACUGCUAGGCCAGACCUCCAUCCCCGACUUACGGAACUCGCUAAAAAGCUGGCAUUCAGCGUUCCGAGCCAAGGUUACAAGUCGGUCGAAAUCGUACAAGCGUACUUACUGUUAACGCUCUGGGGUUGCGGAGCCGUUGAACGAUAUGAACAAGACAAAACAUGGAUGUUAUUAGGCAUGGCCAUUAGGAUGGCCACUGAUCUUAAUCUACAUCGCAAAACCGCUGUCAGGAGCACUGAUACAGAGGAAGGCCGUGUUAGAGACAUGGAGGUGCAUAACAGAGAGAGGACCUGGAUGAUGUGCUUCUGCCUCGACCGAAGCGGUAGUGCCUUGAUGGGUAAGCCGUAUACAAUCAAGGAAGAUCAUAUUAUCCGAAACGCCGAUACGUGGUACAAACUCCCCACUGCUAUACCCUCUGACCGUUCGAUAGUAGCCUAUCUGGAUCUCCAACGCAUCCUUUCGCGAAGUCUGGAAUUCUUACAUUCGGGCACAGACUCGCCCAACGGGUUACAAGCAUCAUGCGAUUAUAUGCUCGUGAUCAAAACUUUCGAAUCGCAAAUCAUGGCUUCGAGGGAGCGUUGGGCAACUGGACAGGAUUAUAUCCAAACUAGUCUCAAGGAAACUCCUUCCAUGAACGAAUACAAAGUCUUCAUUGGGCAGUUCUAUUAUAACUACGUCCUACUCGUGCUCAACUCGUAUGGGUUGCAAAACGCGUUGGAGAGAUCUCCACUUGAUAUCGGACAUUUCUUUGCUCGGUGUCACGGGUGUGCUAUGACCUGCUCGUUGCUGGUGAGAGAUCACCUUGGCCCGAGUGGGUUCAUGAAGUAUUCCCCCGAUUCGCACUUUGUACAAACUUCAUACGCCGUAUUGACGUUGUUAAAGUUAUUACGACCAGAGUUUUCGGCUUACAUCGAGGACGAAGCGAGGAUUCUUGGGAUAGUGAAUGACGUGGCUGAUGUUCUUGAGAACAUCUCAGUCAACACAACCCAUACGCCUGCGUUAUACGGCACGUUUUUGAAGGUACUUAUCUCGGCUAAACGAGACAACAACAACACCAACAAUAACGCUGGGCCCGGUCUCGUCAACUUGGAAAUUAGCAACAUGCGAAUGUCCUCUUCCGGUACACCGAAUAAUCUGGAACCAGAGCUAUCGUCGUCGUCGUCUGCGUUGGGGUUCCACCCGCAAUUAUCAACGCAAGCCCAAUCUCAAUCUCAGCAGCAGCAGACACCGUUUGACGACCCGUCGUUCAUGUUGAACGAGUUUAGAAUGGACAGUGAGAUGGGACCUGUAUUGGAUAUGUCGACGUUCCCGCCUACUUUGGCUUCUCCUGGACUGAAUAACACGAGUGAGGAUCAACAGCCUGGCGCAGGUAUGACGAUGGAUAGUAUUUUGAGUAGUGGGUUUUGGGAUAGUGUGCUCGUGCCAGGCUACGGAUCCUUAGACGGUCUCACAGGAGGAUUCGUAUUUGGUGCUGGUGGAAGUGGGUUGAUUACGCCAAGGAUGGGAUCCACACCUACUCAUUCGGGCCAGAAUACACCCAAGAAACCUGGGAUUGGUGGUGUAUCGUCUAAGGUUGAGCAUCUGAAUUUAGCGGCUGCGCUGCAACAAGAGGCUGGGACGUCGUAAAAGCCC